GGCCAAUGUAAACCAAAAACACCGAAAGAUCGCAACUGACCCGUUUUGAUAUUCAUUGUAGGCUAGGCUUAGACCUCUUUUGGCAUAUAGAAAUGAUUGAAACUAGAUUCACGGACAAGAAGUAUACAUUUGACCUGUUGAGUUGGAGAAGGUUUUGUACUAUACUCAGGAUUCUUUUUCCGUCUGUGAUAUCAAUAGUAUCAGCAUUGUUUUUACUGUUAAUAAUCAGUGCUGUUGGUGAACAAUUCUUAAUCUACUUUGUUGGCUUGAUUCCAAGUAAAUUCUAUUAUGUUUUGGGAUACCAGGAUUUCCAUGGAUUCAUGCAAGAGACCUGGAAAGCAUUGCUACUUAUUUCUUGUAUUGCAUUAGCUAAAAGUUGCAGACAGUAUAUCAGUUCAUUGUUAUGUGUACAUUGGAGAGACCAACUAACAACUUACCUUCACCAUCUCUAUUUAAAGGAUGUUUGUUAUUAUCAACUUAAUGUUUUACAAGUUGGAAAGAUAGAUAAUCCGGAUCAACGGAUUGCUGAUGACGUGAAUCAGUUAUGUACAAAGUUCAGCUCUAUGGUGGCACUUUUAGUCAUAUCACCGAUCACUAUCAUCUAUUACACUGUAAAGGUAGCUCAAGUGACUGGUUAUGUUGGACCAUUGUGUAUAUAUGGGUUCUUCUUUCUUACAAACAUCAUUAACAAGUUCAUAAUGUCUCCAGUAGUUAACUUGAAAGUGAAGCAAGACCGAAAAGAGGGAGAAUUCAGGUACAAGCAUAUGCAAAUAAGAUCACAUUCAGAGUCAAUAGCAUUUUACCAGGCUGCUGAUGUUGAGUUGAACAGUACCGAUCAAAAGUUAGCCAGCUUAUUGGACACACUACGGCACUAUGUAAAUCGAGAAUUUUGGUUGCAUGUUUCAGUCAAUGUGUGUGAUUAUAUUGGUAGUAUAGUUAGCUACAUCAUCAUUGCCAUACCGGUGUUCAGUGGUGACUAUAGUGGUAUGACUCCACAGGACAUCAGUAGUCUUGUCAGUGCUAAUUCUUUCAUAUGUAUGUAUCUAAUAUACUCAUUCACGCAGCUUAUAGAUUUGUCUAAUAAAGUUUCUGAAAUUGCGGGCCUCUCACAUCGUAUUGGAGAAUUGAUUGAGGUUCUGCUCGAUGUAAGUCCAGUCAGCCCACAAGUACCAAAGCCUAGUUCAAAAUAUAAUGUAUCCUGUUUCAGACAUCAAAAGCUGAUCAAUGAAUAUAGCGAUGAUGAAGACACUUCUGAACUAUCCAAUAAAGAAAGCAUGAAUGAGAAUGAAUUUUUUCAGAUAAAGAAUGUUGCAAUAUAUCCGCCAAAUAAAGAAGGUGUUUUAAUUCAAGAUCUUUCCCUGGUUAUAAAGUAUGGAAGAAAUAUUUUGAUAACUGGCAAAACCGGAAGUGGAAAAACAUCGCUACUGCGAAUGCUGUAUGGUCUUUGGCCAUAUGUUGGCGGCUGCGUUAAUAAGACAAACGUACAUGAUGUAAAAGAUUUCUUUAUUUUACCUCAAAAACCAUACCUGAUUGAUGGAACACUAGAAGAGCAGCUCAUUUAUCCAGACACAAAGAAGAAGAAAAAUGAAGAUCUAAUUGGUUUGGCGAAGAUGGUGGGGCUUGAGAAAGUGCUGUCUCGUGUAAAUGGUUUAAAAGAGCCAGUAGAUUGGAACUGGUAUGAUGUUCUUACACCUGGGGAAAUGCAAAGAAUCUCGUUUGCAAGGCUUUUCUAUCAUAGGCCUAAACUUGUCUUUUUGGAUGAAUCAACCAGCGCUCUGUCAACCACCACUGAAGCUCAGCUAUAUAAGCAAUGUGAAGCCUAUCACAUUACCAUGGUGAGCAUUGGGCAUCGUGAAUCUCUACGGCAGUUUCAUAAUUGUGAGCUUAUUUUAAAUGGUGAUGGUUCCUGGAGUCUGAAAAAUAUUAACCAUUCAGGCUAACAAAUACGCACAAAAUAAUCUACACAACAAGAUAUGAUUUUGUUUUGAAAAAUUGUAUUGUACAUCAUUUAUAUUGAAUUAUAUUUUAAUAUACACACAGUAGUUUCAUAUCAUUGAUAAAGAAAAACAGAACUGUCACAGAAUACAAGAAAAUCCACCAAUAAAAAAAUCAGUAUUUAAAAAAAGUAUUAUAUACUGUGCUUUAAAAUUAUAGUGAUUCAAGAAACGUUAAUUUGUUUAUUUAUUUUCGUUGAUUGAUUUCACAGCUAAAAUUAGUGAAAUUUCUUGAUAAAUUCCACUGUGUGGAUGAAAGCUAGAGCCAAUAACUUAUACUUAUAUACAAGUUAGUUAUUCAGUGCUGUUGUCAUUUGUUAUGUUGUUUUAUAGCAGACGCCUUUAAUUUAUUAUUAGGCAUAAUGAAAGUGCCUUUUCUCAAAAUUAAAAUAUUAGAUGAUAAUAUAUGAAUUGAUAUUUUUCUAAAUUUUAUUUGUCUAAAGUAUAUCAAAUUUUAUUAUUUAAUUGUAUACAUAUGAAAGCUCUCAUGAUUGAUAUCAUGAUGCUGAAUUGCAAUUAUUAAAAAUUGUUAGUUUUCAUUCCUAAAAAGAAAACCAUUUGGCUAUGAUGGUCAGUAGGGUUCAGUGGUGCUGCCACCAUCUGAAUUAUGUGGGAAAGUGAGGGGCAAGGUACAAUUUUUUCGGAGGGGGAGGGACAAAGGUCCCCGAGGAGAGCAAAGUGGGCUUGGUCGUCGUCGAUUAAAAUGUUUCGAACAUGGUCACGGUGGGUGGGCACCCAAAAAAUAUGACAGUCUAUUUCGUGAAUACUUACCUGGAUAAACCGACUGACAAUUUAGGGGUUUCAGAGGCUUAUUUAAUCAAUUUUAUAGAUAGAAAGUCUACUAAAAUACAUAUAAUUUUUUUUCUCCUCUUUUUUGGGAGAGCGCUGCUACUGGUGGUAGGGUUAGCCUGAUAUAGGCAAAUGUGAGAAAUAUUGAUGAGCAAUAUCCAUGCCAAAUAGUGCUAGGUGCCUGUAAUGGUGAUUUUAUGUAAUUGUAAAUUUGUAUAAAUGAUGUACUGUAUUAUGAUAUACUGUAAUAUUUAAUCAUAAUGUAUUUCAAUAUUUUAGUGCCCACCCCAGGAGGGGUGUAGACACUUAGCUAUCAUCUCACUUGUGAGUUUUAAGAGUACUAUCCAGUUGUAGGAAUCAUGGGAUGUGUCAUAUGCUAUAUGUAGAAAUGAAGUCUUCCAAAACUGAACCUAUGAAAUAUGACACCAUGCCUAGAUAAGACAUGUCCUAGAAAGAACUACAAUCUGUUUCUUGUACAGGUAUUCGAAUGAAUUGCCACACACAGAAAGUUUGGACAUUUUUUGAAUUAAAAAUAGCAAAAAAAACUGUCAAGCCAUAGACACAUGGUUCUGCUGGGAGUCUAUUUUUAAAUGUCAUGGGUUGCAUUGCCCCAUACAUAUUAUUUUUUUCUCAGGAGAUUGUGUAAUGAUGCCUGGCGUCGUGGCAUCUAAACAGUUGCGGAUUGGCCUAUCUUUAAAUUGGUCCCAAACAGAUGCGCCAAUAGGCAUUGUUCAGUGAGGGACAGGGGAGAAAUCGCCUUCCCCCUCCAUCCACAUUUCAAAGUGGAUCAUAUAUCCUAUUGCUCCCCACUAUUUACUGUUCUAUAGUCAAAACCUUACUUUUAAAAGCCAGUGGGAAGAACAACAAUAAUUACGCAUGCCUGUCGAAUUAUCUCAUUCAAAAGCAUAUAAUAAUGAGCUAAUCAGUAUAUAAUAAAUAAGAUAAAUCAUUAUUUUUAUGAAUGUAAUUCUGCACAAAAUAUAUAUGUGGGCUUUUCAAUCAAGAUUACAAAAAUAAAACACUUCUUAUGAUGAACAAUCUGAAAGAGUGGUGGUGUGGAAAUAAAAGUAAAUUGUAAAUGUUAUCCUUAAAAUAAAUUAAAUACAUAUAUAAAAAAACAAGAAUGACGAAGCUUCCAGGGCCUUUUUCCCUUAGGGAAUGUGGAUAUGUUAAUGAAAUGUAAGAUUUUUUAAAAGAGAAAAGUAUUUGAUUUUUUUUUUUUAUUAUUUUAAAUUUAAAUGUUUUAUCUAUAAGCAAAUUUUUGUAUUGUAAGCAUUUUUUUUGUCAAAGUGCCCCCAAUGGACAGUGAUUUAGUUCACUUUUGGAGUGUUCCUGUCUCGUUCUUUUGUGCUUGUUCUUUCCUGUUUCUGUUCUUAUAAAUUUUAAUGUUUUUGAGACAAAUAAAUAACAUUAAAUGAAAAUUCUAACUACA